CACCAUCACGCUGAAGUAGAAAUGGCUGAUCUCCAUCAACAGUUCGGGGCCAUGCGGGUCGGUCAACUACGAAUGCUGUGUAGACAAAAGGGAAUUGCAUCAGACGGUGGCAAGAGAGAUCUUGUUCAGCGGUUAUGUGAGCUAGCUGAUCAGUCAGGAGCUGCUACGGACACUUCUGAUUGCCAAUCGGUGCCGGGAGAUGUCCUUGUUGAGCCUGGUCUCAGCCAUGAGGAACUACACGAACUCGCCACGAUAGCAGAUGAAAUCAGACACAUAAGGAAACAAACCGAGUACAAUCUAUUGCGUCAUCAACAGCAUAGAUCAGCGGGAGGCGCCGGAUACCGAGGGUCUUUUCGACAUAAUACUCCCGUUGCGAGAAGGGGUACUCCGACAAUGUACAAUGCAUCGUACGUGAACAUCUAAAAUGCAACCCCUUGGAAUUUUCCGUCGGAUGGAAAUGAAUACCUCCAAGUUGACUCUAGCUGCACUUGCCUCGUCGUCCUAAUGACGACUCGAGCGUAACCAGGUGUAACAGUUGUUAUGUCAGCCUGAAUAAGCCUGACAUGUCAAAUAAGUGUCACUAAAUUUGUCAGCCUUGCUGUAUGUCGAAAUCCAUUUACUCAUUCAAACGGUUUACAUACAACGAC